AUGGGCCAAUCUUCCUCAUCGUCGUCGUCAGCCGCAUCGCAUACGAAUACAGCAGCAUCCUCUACAAGGCAUGACAAUGCAUCUACUCGGACAUUACACUCGACUUCGAUGCACUCGCAGCAGCAACGGCCCGUAUCGUUCUUUAGAAGAAUAUCGAAUCGACUGCAUGUAACACAUCCUACACGGCGAUUUGGAAGGCCUAAUAGACAGAACAACAUUCAGCAUCACCAUCAUACGCAGCAGCAGCAGCCGCAACAACAUCAUCGUCUCCAUACAUCAGCGUCAUCUACCACAUCCAGCGUUCGUCGAGCAACACAGGAAGCCACCAGACAAGCAGCAGCAGUGACUGGACCACCGACAAGCAGCUUCUUGGUACAUUCUGCUUCAUCCACAUCCACAACGCCACCUCCACCGCCGUCUGCGCCGCUCAAUAGCAGCCGAAAUAGCACCAUAUCAUCGUCAGAUGCGACUUACCUCAACGAGCUGUUGUCCUCUGUAGUGUUUAGAGAUAACAAUAGCGUGCAUUCAUCAAGCCAAGAACAGCAGCAGCAACGCGGUAAUUCGUUUUUGAGGUAUUUGCAACUACCGCUUCGUAUGCAGGACACUGCAAGCAGUAACACAACACCACCGCAAUCAUCUGCAUCCUCAACUACAUCCAGACGAAUGCACAUUUUGGUCAUAGAGUACCGCACCAACACCACAAAUCCAGUAGAGGACACCACAACGCCAUUAACUCCACCUCCUACCUACCGCUUCUUGGGCUUGAGACGACCGAGAUCUGAGGUAUCGACCACAUCAUCCACAGAAACCAUCCAGUCCAUGCCUCUCUCGAUGAACUCGACUCAAACAGGAAAUCGUACUGUAGCAGCAGCAUCUCAACAACAACAACAACAACAACAACAGCAGCAGCAAGAAGGUCAAUGGAUCGUCUAUGUGCUCAACAGCAACAACAACAGUAAUGCCAAUAUGACGCCAUUGCAAGCACUGUCAAGUUCCCUGGUGCUGGAGGACAAUCCCAGUUACGAGGAUCUGUUAUGGCUGACCAACAUGCUGGGACCUGCAAGACCCAAUACAACGACACAAGCAGCCGUUGAUGAAGCCAUUCCAGUGACACAAUGGUCAAAUGAAGACAUCAAGGACGAGCAGUGCCUCGUUUGUCUGGACGAAUUUGCGUUUAAGCAACCAGUGCGAGUGUUGAAAUGUCAUCAUGUCUUUCAUAAAGAGUGUGUGGAUCGUUGGUUAUGCGAAGCACAUAAUUCGUGCCCCGUUUGUAGAGGUGUGCCUGUCUAG